AUGGUUCGCGACAACCUUACCCUCUCCUCGUGGCUCCUCCUGGGUGGCCUCGUGCAAGGCUGUGCAUUUCUACUGCUGGGUCCCCUGUCCCUGCUUCCGACCGCGGCAAUCCUCCUCUACAGAACCAUCGACCAUCUGCUGAUGGCCUGCCACCUGACCCCCAACCGGUACCUGGCGGGAUCCAUCCCUAUCAAGCGCAGUGCUCAGUAUCCCCGGCCCGAUGGCACCUUUGGCAGUGAACCGGCGGGCGAGUCUAUCGUGGUCUUCCAUUUGGGUGCACGCUGCCACCAUCCUCUCGGGCUGCUCGCUCCAGGCAUGAAGGAAUUGGGCGACAGUGCCGAUAAGAUGCGACGGAACAUGCGCGCCAACCCUGUCAAGUACGGUCUAUUGGGCUCCUCGCACUGGCUGAAGAGCGACAGUGCAGCGGGUAAUGAGUCCAUGACCAUCUUCUACCUCCGCGACUACGCUGCUCUCCAUCAGUUCGCGCACGAUGAGAUCCACAUGGAAGGGGUGCGCUGGUGGGCCCGCAUCGCCAAGGACCAUCCGCAUCUGGCCAUUUACCAUGAAACCUACCUGGUGCCGCGCGGAAACUGGGAGAAUAUUUACAUUAAUGGGUGGUCGACUGGUCUGGCCGAUACCUGGUUUCCCGUGCAGAGUCAGGCUGACAAGGAAAAGAAUACCGGAGUGGUUGAGCAAUGGGUGCGACCGUUGGUUGAUGCGCGUGACGGUGCCUUACGGUCGGCCAGUAAGCGGCUGCAGUUGACACGCCUGGAGGGUCGUGAGAAGGAGCACGAUGAUAUCCUUCCCGUACAUAGGAGCAUGGACCAUCCUAACACGCUGCUACCGUUUCGUUCGGACUCUACGCGUCGUCGACCUGGCUGCAAGAGAUCGAGAACGGGAUGUCGCACUUGUCGAGCUCGCCGCGUGAAGUGUGACGAAACCCCACGCGCCUGCCACAGAUGUACCUCCACGGGUCGCGUAUGCGAUGGCUACGAGGUGCAGAGACUGCCUUUGGUGAAGAAUCCCGGGACUAAGAUCAGCGCUGACCUGGGAAGUGGCUUCCGAUGGACCAUCACCUCCGACGAACGCCGCUGUUUCUCCUACUUCCAGCAUCAUACAGCGCCCACCUUCCGCGAGAUGUUCGACUCCACUCUCUGGCAGCAUCUCGUGCUGCAGAUGGGUCAGUCGGAGCCAGAGGUGUAUCAUGCGACCGUGGCCCUCAGUGCGAUCCACAAAGACUCAGAGACCAGAGGAAUGCCCCUGGCUGCCAACUUCCCCGGGAGGAGCCAAGGCCCAUGGCUGCGCUUUGCGCAAGAGCAGCUGGGCCGUGCUUUUCAGAUUCUCAUCCGGCGCCGGGCCUCCCCUGAUCCCCGGUUGCGCAACGUCACCCUCCUCUGUUGUUUGCUCUUUGUCCUGUCCGAUCUGCUGCAGGGACAAUACGACGGUGCCUUUACCCAUCUCCAGAGUGGUCUGCACAUCCUCCGCGAGCUUCAAGCAGAGCGAGAAUUGGUGGCACCCACGCCCCGCCAAGAUCUGGUGGAACGGUGUCUGGUGGCUGCCUUUGCACAGCUCGACAUUAUUUCCGCUCACUAUGGAGUCGGGGGACCUCUGCUGUGCAUCGAUACCCUGCCGACCCAGUGGCAGUCGCGACCGACAUCAGCGGUCGGCUUCGCCAACCUGAAGGAAGCUCGUGCUGCCUUCAACCUCGUCACAAGCGCUGCGUACCGUUUUAUGAUCUCAGGUAUGGGAAUGUCAAAGGAAGAAAUCACGCGCAACUACACUAUUAUUCAAUCGAGCCAGCUGCGGGCCCGGUCCCUGGCCUCCCGGUUUUGGCAUUCCUUCGAGCCAUUCUACCGCAGCUCCUACUAUGCCCUGGAUCGCAAAGAGCAGCGAAGUGCCGAAUUGAUUCAUCUCCAAUACCUCGCUCUGAUGGUGUCGCUGGACACAACCCCCCUGGCCGGAAACGAAGCUGCCCUAGCUGCCUUCACGCCUGCCCUCGACAAGAUUGUUUCCUUUGCUGAGUCAAUCAUGGCCAGGUUUCCUGAGCGUCCCACCAUCAGUAUUGACGUGGGCGUUCUUCCACCAUUGUACGAUGGGGCCAUGAUUUGUCGGGAUUAUCGCGUUCGAUGGAGAGCCAUAAAGCUCCUUAGGGCGUGGCCGCAUCGAGAGGGCCCUUUUGAUUCCAAUUGGAUUCUCGCCCUGGCGGAAGAGGCACUGCGUCUGGAAUUGCUGGCCGAUCCCGCCGUCAGCCUAGAGGAACCUGCAGCGUCUAGUAUUGUCCACGACGAUGAGUUCGCGCCUUGCCGCAUGCUGCGGGACCUCAAUGAGCGACGGUCGCAGAUUAAGCAAGUAUUAGCCCAAACGGGAGGCGUGUUGGGCGAUGCAGCUUCUCCAGCAGACUGUUUAGGCGCUGUCAAAAGUGUGGCUGGGUGGUCAUGCAUGCGUGCGUUUAAGGCGAGGUUUCCGAAUUCCUAA